AUGAAGGACUGUUGUUUUUAUCCAGGGUGGACUGCAGUUUCGACCUCGCAUCGGUCUUAUCAGCACCCUCAGCGGGAGUCGAACUGCGACAGUGCAGAAUGGGAGCUUGACACACUAACCACUCGGCUACACUGCCACGAGCCCCUUAUGGGUCACAGGGCUAAUACGAAUUUUCAAGAUGCCAUUGCCAAAAAGCGCGACCAACUCCUUAAAGGACCCUCCAAGGUGCUCAUUUCGUCUAGCUGUGGAGCUUCUUUAGAUACAUGCUUUUUGAAGGAUAAAGCCCGACAACUUUCAACUUCUGUCGAUUUAUAUGAAAAAUCUUUGGGCUUGAAAAUACAUCGUAAUCACGACAAUUCAUUUAAAGUCGUUUUUCACGGCAUCAUAGAUCCGUUGGAUGAGGUAGAUCAUUCGAUGCCAUUAAAUGACCAAGCCCAAUCUAAAAACUUUUCCAAACUCCCGGCAUGUUAUUGCACUCUUCGCCAGAAGGAUGAACCUGCUAGGAAUUAUGAAGCCCUAGAUUGCUAUCCUUCUAUUCCGGACCUUGAUCGCCUGAUUAAUAAUCUUAAUUGGACCGAUGACCUACGAAGUUUUUUCAUUGUUUUGCGUCGCAGAUUUGAGCGUCAUUUCGAACUAGCGAAACUUGUAUCUUCACAUGUACCCUUAGUAGCCUCAUCC